AAAUCAAGUAAGUAUCUAUAUACUCGUAGUUUGUACCUACUUGUACCCACGUAUCGUGUUUUAUGAAUGAGAAAUGAAAAAUAAGGCGAUUUAAUUUUAGAAAUAUAAUUGAAUUUAUUUAAUUAGAUUUCAUGUUGGAAGUGCAAGUGUAAAAAGUGAUCACAAUGCCUUUGGCGAACACCCCGGAUCCCUGGCGAAUGCAGAAUGUUGGAGAUAACACGCAUGGUACAUCUACUGUGGCUACAAACAGUCUUCCAAUUGUGGUUGAAAACUCAGCAGAGUCUCGUCAAGCUUCCACCACAGAGAGUUUGGACACUCAUCUAGAAAUCAACUAUGAAAGAGAAGUGGAAAUCCAAGAUGUUGUUAAAGAAGGCCAUGAAAAAGCAGAUCCGUCACAAUUUGAAUUGCUCAAAGUCCUUGGUGAAGGUUCCUUUGGAAAAGUUUUCUUAGUUCGUAAAGUAGUUGGUGCUGAUGCGGGAACUCUUUAUGCAAUGAAGGUACUUAAAAAAGCAACAUUAAAAGUGAGAGACAGAGAGCGUACUAAAAUGGAAAGGAAUAUUUUAGUAGAAAUGGGCCAUCCAUUUAUUGUAAAAUUACAUUAUGCAUUUCAAACUGCUGGUAAACUGUAUCUUAUACUGGAUUUCCUGCGAGGCGGUGAUUUAUUUUCACGUCUGAGUAAAGAGGUGAUGUUCACUGAAGAAGAUGUCAAAUUUUAUCUAGCUGAGCUAGCAUUAGCUUUAGAACAUGUACACAAAUUGGGAAUUAUAUACAGGGAUCUAAAACCCGAAAAUAUUUUAUUAGACGCGGACGGUCAUAUUGCGCUCACAGAUUUCGGUUUGUCUAAACUGCCUCCCAGUAGUGACAAAGCUUACAGUUUUUGUGGAACAGUAGAAUACAUGGCGCCUGAAGUUGUGAACAGAAGAGGUCAUACUUUCGCAGCAGACUGGUGGUCUUUUGGAGUGCUGAUGUUUGAAAUGCUAACGGGCAAUUUGCCUUUUCACGGAGCGACCAGACACGAGACGAUGACGCAAAUAUUGAAGGCUAAAUUAGGUAUGCCAUCCAAUCUCAGUGAAGAGGCGCAAUCGUUAUUACGAGCUUUAUUUAAAAGAAACCCACAAAAUAGAUUGGGCGCCGGUCCCAAUGGCAUUGAAGAUAUAAAAAAUCACGAAUUCUUCGCAAGUAUAGACUGGGAAGGACUUUAUAAGAAAGAGGUAAUACCGCCGUUCAGGCCGGCGGUGUCGAGGGCGGACGAUGCGUUUUAUUUCGAUUCGGAGUUCACCUGUCGCACGCCCAGGGACUCGCCGGGAGUGCCUGCAUCGGCGAACGCCCAUGAGCUGUUUAGGGGUUUCAGUUUCGUCGCACCGUGUUUGCUCCAAGAAGAUGAUAACAAAACCGUCACAAACCAAACUCAAAAUCAAAAUCAUGUUGCGCAGAAUAACAAAACGUCCACUGAAGACUUUUGGUCUGGCUUCGUUAAUAGAAACAAUUUCUUCGACGAAUACAGAUUGAUGGGGGAAUUGGGGACGGGAUCCUUUUCAGUAGUUCGUCUGUGCGAACACAAGACGUCUAGAGUACAGUAUGCUGUUAAAAUCAUGGACAAGUUGCAGUAUGAUCCGCGUGAAGAAAUUGAAAUUCUACUCAGGUACAGUCAGCACCCGCACAUCAUCACGCUGCGCGGCGUGUACGCGGAGGGCGGGCGCAUGCUGGCGGUGACGGAGCUGUGCCGCGGCGGCGAGCUGCUGGAGCACAUCACGCAGCGCCGCUGCCUGCCCGAGCACGAGGCCGCGCCCAUCCUGCGCAACGUCCUGCACGCCGUGCACUACCUGCACACGCACACCGUCGUGCACAGGGACAUAAAGCCGUCAAACAUUUUAUUCGCCACGGCUGAAAAGCGGCCCGAAGAUAUUCGUUUAGUAGACUUUGGUCUGGCGAAACAACUCCGCGCAGAAAACGGGUUGCUGAUGACUCCGUGCUACACUGCCAACUUUGUGGCGCCCGAGGUGCUGAAACGGGCAGGAUAUGACGCCGCCUGUGAUAUAUGGAGUUUAGGUGUAUUAGCAUACAUAAUGCUAUCUGGUAGAACUCCAUUCGCGUCCACAGGUGACGACACGCCUGAAGCAAUUUUAGCUAGAAUUGAAUCUGGAAAGGUGGAGCUGUCGAGCGGCGUGUGGCGCGGCGUGUCGGCGGGCGCGCGCGCCUGCGUGCGGCGCAUGCUGCAGCUCGAGCCCGCGCUGCGCCCGCGCGCCGCCGAGCUGGUGGCCGAGCCCUGGCUCACGGCGCCCGAGCCCCCCCCCCCGCCGCCGCCGCCGGCCCCGCAACACGACGCCGACCCGCCGCCGCCUCCCGCCGACCUGAGACGCGCCGUCGAUCUCACCUUCCAGGCUUUAACAUCGUCCCCGCUGACCCCGCAAGUGUUGGGCCCGGUGUCGCAGUCGACAUUGGCACAGCGCCGCAACAAGCCCCAAAGACGAUUCCCACCGACGCAACUCUAAACCGCCAGGUAUACGAACAAACCUUUUCAAUUAUAAGAAUAUCGACAUAUUGUAUUUUACUACUGCGAAAGAAUAUGAAGUCUUUAUUUUAGACAUAACUAUUUUGUAUAACGUCAUUAAAGCUUUUAGUGAAUGCUUUUAAAUACGAUGAUGUAAUGCUGUCGUGUUUGAUGGAAGUGCUUUUAUGUAGUAGUUGAUGAUGUCAGAAACAGAAUGUCAGAACAGAAUCAUCAAGACAUUCCGUCUUUACGUUCAAUAUUUUUGAGUAUUACGGUCGAAUGAAUAAUUAAAAGGCCCUCAUUAGGUUUUGAGUUCUGAGAGUUAUCGAUUAUAAGUGAUCGAUAGGCAUUUAUUAUUCCGACCAUUUAUAAAUAAGCAGUCAACAAUAUCAACAUGCCUAUUAAAACACAAUAUUUUAAUUUUUGAAAUGCAAUUUAUUAUUUAUUUGAAACAAUUGAUAUUGUUUAUUUAGUGUUCAGUUAUGUUAUUAUAUUAAUUCCAAUAUUUUUAUAUAAUGUAAAUGAGGGCUCAUAGUUAUAUGUGUGAAAAUAGUCUUCCUACAAAAAUGUAAAUUUCUAAGCAAAUACUAUAUUUUUUUAAAUAUUUAUUGCUUGCCCACCUAUUACAUUCUUACGUCUGUGCCAUUAGAUUUCUAUAACAUCUACUUAUUUCCAUGUUGUCAGUUUAUGAAUGUGCAAUAUAAGUUAUUUUAUAUUGUAAGACGUACUAAGUAUAUAUUAUCGACAGAUUAUAUUAUUUUUAUACAAUGUCCCACUCUCCUUAAUAUCUGUAACAUUAAGAUGCUCUUUAUAUUAAUAUCAUCUUAAAAUACUUUUACUUUUAUGUCUAUCGCUUAAUCAAAUAUUAUUUAUAUUUUUAUAAGACGGUACACAUAAUACUUAAGAAUAAUUAAAAUAUAUCAUAAGGAAAAUGUAAGGUACUCCCUUUAAAACUAAUUAUUACUUAUGUAUCAUGAUUUAUGUUUUACUUAAAGCGCAUUUACUAUAAGUUAAACUUACGUAUAAUGGCCACAUUAGGUAUACAAGGUUUUAGUAACAAAUGCGCGGUUAAAUAACUAAUAACGCUUCUAUUAAGAUUUGAAAUAAGGUGCUUGGUGCAGCAUCUAAUGAAAUAAUGAGAUAUGUUGAAUUUCCUGAGAAAUCUAUUGAGCUUGUUGUUAAGUAAUAUAAUAUAGACCUAAUACAAAAUGAAAAGGACAUUUUAAGUCAUAAUAUGGACUUAAACUUGUCACAAUAGGUAAUAUUUGUUUUUAUUAUUAACGGCAAUGAUUCAGGUGCAACAUGCGGUGCAUAUCUUUUUCUGAAAGCAGCAGCGGGUUCAGUUUUUUUUAUACCACUAGUACUGCAUAACGUUAUGUUAACUUUUUUUGACUAUAUAUGAAGCGACAAAACAUAAAAUAUAUGACUUCGCUAUUGAAUAUUUCAAAUAUACACUCCAUUUUAUGUUAGGUAUGUAAAAUUAAUUUACAGUAUGUUUAAGGUUCGCUUUAGAUGUGUCUGUGAUGGCAUGAGUGAUUUAAAAGGACUUGUAUUUUACAGGUCAUUUAAAGCACAAGUGGGCCAAACGUAACCACGCUAGCGUACAGCACAUCUUAACAUUUCUAAACAAAUGAAUGCCAACUUAAGUGCAAGUUAAUGCUGGUCAGAACAGCACUAUUCAUUAAUAUCUAACUUAGCUGCCACCAUUCGAAAAUAAGCUAGGAGCAUUACUAGCAUGCCAGUACGCAAAAUCUAACCAUACGUAUCACGAACAAGGCUGCAGGCUAUUUGCGUGGUAACUGAUAAGGGGCAGUUGAAGUGAUGACCAACAUAAAAAAAUCGCUUUAUUCUAAUAAGUGUUAAUGCUACUUAAGAAAAUGAGAGAUAUUGUAAUCAAGCACAAGAUUAGAUGACUCGUUAAUAUAUUUUCAAACGCCUAAGCAUAAUCACUGCUUAAUUAAAAUUAAAUUAGUGUAAUUGUAGAGAAUCCAGUGAUAAUAUGUCACAAUGAUUGUUACUAAGUCGUAUUAUUAUUUCCAUAUCAAUAAGGCCUAAAACGCUAAGGAGAGCGUCAAAAUUAAUUCAAUUAUGGUGAUUACCACUUCUAAACUAAUAUAUUUUUUAAUAAUCUUAAAAUAAACAUUAAACCGCUGUUUAAACUUAAAUGUUGCUUUGCAAAUGCAUUAUGUUAGGAUUAGAAAAAAUGUAUUAGUCUUGAGUUAUGUUUAUUUUUUGUUUUCCUUUAUAUUUUAGUGCCAUUCUUUUACAGGAUGUCACAAUGACUUUUCUAAAUUUAUUAGUUUAUUCUGAUCCCUUUGGAAAGACGCGACUAUCCACAUAUUGCGAUAAAAAUCGAUAUAUAGUAAUAUGACAUACAUGAUAAAUAUGUGAUUAUUUGACUUAAAAAUGAGAUUGUUAAACUACUUUCAGUAUUCAUUCUAAUUUCUUUUUAACUGUUUUAUUCAGUAUUAGAAUAAAGUUAUAGUUAAUAAGCUUGUAGUGAUAAAUUAUGUCCUUAUGGGGUAUAAGGAUUCUUAUAUCCAUUUAAACGCCUUGUGGCAGUUACUAUAGUAACUUAAGUUUUUUUUGUUACAUUGGUACUUUACCAAAGAUAACAGUUUUAAUGAGACCAUAUUCACGGUAUUAAAAUUGUGAAAAUUAUUGUAAGUUCACUUAGCUCUUGUAGUAUAAUAUUUCUAACCAUCUAGCAUAAUAUUUAAUUACCUCUAUAACAGUGAAUCUACUUCUUCACUAUAGUUUAUGUACUGAAGGAAUUGAUUUUAAAACUGAAUAGACAUAUUAUAUAAUAAAAUUGUACCUAUAUUAAGAUUUUGAAAUGAUGUAGUAAUUAACAAUAAUUAUAUAUUUUUAGUCAUUCAUUUUACAAAUACAUAGACAUAUCUGAGUGUAAUGCAUGAGGUGUAUAUAAUACGUCAGUUGAAAUUAAAUAGUAAUAAUAAAUGGACAAAAGAUUUAAAUCUUGAUACUUCUUGUUGAAAAAAUUAUAUAAAAAUUGAGAUUAAAAAGUACAAACAUGAUCACUAUCGAGGCACAAUAAUAUAAUUAGAUUGCAAACAAUAAUUAAUAUUGACAUUUUAAUGGAAUUCAUUCAAAUAAUAUUGUUCAAGUCUUUCUCUGCAACUUCUGGUCGUCCAUACUUUUAAGAAGCUUAUAAUUGUAUGUAAAGAUAGCAUUCAUCACUCAUGUUAUCUUCAUUUUAUUUAUAAAAAGCAACUAGUAAUGACCUGUUGUCUGAAAAUGAUUUGAGCAACCGAAUGUUUAGUGAAAUAUUUAUGGUUUCAUUGCUGGUUUACAGUUUUGAACUAAAAUAACUAUACUCUGGCCACAUUAUUGCUUAUGGGUGAUUUAAUUUAACAUAAAAUAUAUUAUUAAUUAAGACCUGCCCUCGGUUUGGUCAGCUUCAUGAUACAAAUUUUUCAAAGUCCAUUUUGCUGUCCAUGGGUAAAAAUAUUUUAGCUAAUGAAGAUAUUGUUAGGGCAUGUUUUAAGGCACCUAACACUACAUUGAUUGAAAGUUUAAGUCUUAUAAUGUAUAGAGAAGGGAUGUUUUCGCAUGUAUUAAUCCUGUUAUAAUAAUAAAUCAAACAUUGUACCCCCUCUAGGUGCUUAAAGAAAACAGCUGUUACUAAGUAAAAUCUAUAUGCCAAUGCACUUGUUAAUUAAUUAUAAUGAAUUGCUCCAUAAUAGUAUCCAGUGUUUUGUAGUCUUCUAAUGUAGCCCAUACUCAUUCUAAAGCCAAAAGAUACAAUGUACAAGAUACACAAUACACACGGAACUAUAUAAGCAAUGCAAACUGGACCAUAAAUAUUAAGAUCACAAAGCUACUUACUCAUUGACAUAAGUAUAAGUUUGUGCAGAGGUUACAAAGUUAUAUUGUUAUAAAUUGCAUUUUAUGCUCUCAAUGUUAAUGUUACAUAUUCACAUCUGUCUAUUUUUCUAUAUCAAUAGUAGGAAUCCAUUUUCUAUAUAAUGUAGUGGUGAUAACAACAAGUUGUUGUAUAGAGAUAAAAACCAUUUGAUUAGAGAUGUAAUAUAAAAAUUGUUGAGAUUG